CCAAGCAUGCAUCCUUUGACUGACUUUCUUAGUGGAAUACACUUUUAAAACCAGUGACACCCCAUUUUAUUCUACAUUUAACAAAGUACCAAAAAUCUUCACCUUCAAUUCAUAAGCAGGCCUCCAAAAUACCCUUUUAACAGAAGCCAAAGAUUCUCAAAAAAUGGUGGGUCUCGAAGCCAUGGUUACGUACCCAGGCUUUGGUUUUCUGCUAAACCCCGUCUUUUUACGUGCCUUUUCUGCUUCAUUGCAUCUAGUUUUGUUGCUUCUCCUAUUUGUUUCAUGGGUGCGCAAGAGAAUCAAGAUGGAUGCUCUUGAAAAUUGUAAGAGGACUAGGUUUUUGUACUAUAAGCAAACGUUUGCUUGCUGUCAGGGUCUGUCACUGUUGAAUUUCUUCUUGUGUUUUUUGAACUACUUUUAUUGGUAUGGAAAUGGCUGGUCUGAUGAAAAGCUGGUUACCCUUUUGGAUUUAGUGCUCAGAACACUUGCCUGGGGAGCAGUUUGUGUAUAUUUGCACACUCAAUUCCACGGUUCUGUUGAACCAAAGUUCUCAUUUUUGUUAAGAGUUUGGUGGGGAUUUUACUUCUCCAUCUCUUGUUAUUGCCUUGUUAUAGACAUUGUUAUGAAACACCAGUCCCUACAAGUUCAAUUUUUGGUGCCCGACAUUGUCUACAUCAUAACUGGUCUGUUCUUGUGCUAUUCCGGGUUUUUGGGAAAGAAUCAAGGUGAGGAAUCAAUUCUUAGGGAACCCCUUUUGAAUGGUAGUACCAGCAUAAGUAGAGUAGAGUCUGAUAAAUCCAAGGGGGAAGCAGCUGUGACCCCAUUUUCAAAAGCUGGAUUUUUUAGCCUACUUACUUUCUCUUGGAUGGGUCCCUUGAUUGCUGAGGGUAACAAGAAAACAUUAGACCUUGAGGAUGUUCCUCAGCUCGAUACCAGCAACAGUAUUGUAGGGGUCUUUCCAGAAUUUAGAAAUAAGCUCCAGUGUGAUAGUGGUGGAAGUAGUGGAGUGACCACGUUUAAGCUGGUGAAAGCAUUGAUCUUCGCAUCCUGGGCAGAAAUCCUAUUGACGGCUUUAUUCGUACUUCUAAACACAUUGGCUUCCUAUGUUGGGCCCUAUCUCAUUGACACCUUUGUUCAAUAUCUCAAUGGGCGGAGGGAAAUAAAAUAUGAAGGCUAUCUUUUGAUUAUGGCAUUUUUUGUUGCGAAGCUUGUUGAGUGCAUUUCAGUGAGGCACUGGUUCUUUAGAUUGCAGCAGGUUGGAAUUAGGAUCAGAGCAGUACUGAUCACAAUGAUCUACAACAAGGGUUUGACUCUUUCCUGCCAGUCAAAGCAGGGUCAUUCUACUGGGGAGAUCAUUAAUAUCAUGUCUGUUGAUGCGCAGAGAAUUGGGGAUUUCAGUCGGUAUAUGCAUGAUCCAUGGAUGGUGAUUGUGCAAGUUACUUUAGCCUUGCUAAUCUUGUAUAAAAACCUGGGCCUAGCUUCCGUUGCAGCUUUCUUUGCAACUGUAAUUAUUAUGUUGACAAAUGUUCCACUGGGGAAAUGGCAAGAGAAGUUUCAGGACAAGUUAAUGGAAUCAAAAGAUAAAAGGAUGAAGGCAACGGCUGAGAUCUUAAGAAACAUGAGGAUUCUCAAGCUUCAGGGAUGGGAGAUGAAGUUUUUGUCUAAAAUUGUUGACCUUCGGAAGAAUGAGACAGAUUGGUUGAAAAAAUAUCUUUAUACUUCAGCCAUGACCACUUUUGUUUUCUGGGGAGCCCCAACGUUUGUGUCUGUGGUCACUUUCGGAACUUGCAUGCUUAUAGGGAUCCCACUUGAAUCAGGGAAGAUCGUGUCUUCACUUGCAACAUUCAGGAUACUUCAAGAACCCAUCCAUGGUCUUCCUGACCUAAUCUCAAUGAUAGCUCAGACUAAAGUUUCCCUUGACAGAAUUGCAUCCUUUCUUUGUCUGGAUGACCUGCAGAGUGAUGUUAUUGAGAGGCUUCCAGAAGGUAGUUCUGAUACAGCAAUUCAGAUUUCGGCUGGGAAUUUCUCUUGGGAUUUGUCUUCCCCUAAUCCAACACUGAAGCAAAUUAAUUUGAGGGUGUGCCGUGGCAUGAGGGUUGCUGUUUGUGGUACUGUAGGCUCAGGCAAGUCAAGCUUACUAUCUUGUAUGUUGGGAGAAGUGCCUAAGAUAUCUGGUAUCCUUAAGCUGUGUGGAACAAAGGCCUAUGUUGCUCAGUCUCCUUGGAUACAGAGUGGCAAGAUAGAAGAGAACAUCUUGUUUGGCAAGGAAAUGGACAGAGAAAGGUAUGACAGGGUCCUUGAUGCAUGUUCCUUAAAGAAGGACCUGGAGGUUCUCUCAUUUGGUGAUCAGACGGUUAUAGGUGAGCGGGGAAUCAAUUUGAGUGGUGGCCAGAAGCAAAGAAUACAGAUUGCACGUGCACUUUACCAAAACGCUGAUAUUUAUCUGUUUGAUGAUCCUUUCAGUGCUGUGGAUGCUCAUACAGGAACCCAUCUCUUUAAGGAAUGUUUGCUGGGUCUCUUGGGUACAAAGACAGUGAUUUAUGUUACACAUCAAGUAGAGUUCUUACCUGUUGCUGAUCUCAUACUGGUCAUGAAAGAUGGAAGGAUUACACAGGCUGGAAAGUACAAUGAAAUUCUUAACUCUGGAACUGAUUUUAUGGAACUUGUGGAUGCACAUAAGAAAGCUUUGUUAGCACUCAAUUCUGUAGACAGUGGUAAUAUUGGUGGUACUUCUGAACUAGUAGAAAAAGAAGAAAACAAAGGUGGCCAAAAUUGUACAGCAGAGGAGAUAAAUGGGCCAAAAGGUCAGCUUGUUCAAGAAGAGGAGAGAGAGAAAGGUAAAGUUGGGUUAUCAGUUUAUUGGAAAUACAUCAGGACAGCAUACGGGGGAGCUCUUGUGCCAUUUAUAUUGCUGUCACAGAUUCUCUUUCAGCUGCUUCAGAUUGGAAGCAAUUAUUGGAUGGCUUGGGCAAGUCCCGUGUCAGCUGAUGUGAAACCUGCAGUUAGAGGUUCUACUAUCAUAAUUGUUUAUGUAGCUUUGGCUAUUGGAAGUUCUUUCUGCGUCCUUUCCAGAGCCAUGCUUCUUGUAACAGCUGGUUACAAGACAGCUACUAUACUCUUCAAUAAAAUGCAUUUGUGCGUUUUCCGUGCCCCGAUGUCAUUCUUUGAUGCUACCCCAAGUGGACGAAUUCUAAACAGAGCUUCUACAGACCAAAGUACCAUCGAUAUAAGCAUUGCAAAGAGAGUUGGAGCAUUUGCCUUUUCACUGAUUCAGCUCCUGGGAAUUAUUGCAGUUAUGUCACAGAUUGCAUGGCAGGUUUUCGUUGUCUUUAUUCCUGUGAUUGCAACCUGCAUCUGGUAUCAGCAAUAUUACAUACCUUCAGGACGAGAACUGGUAAGAUUGGCUGGAGUAUGCAUAGCUCCGGUAAUACAACAUUUUUCUGAAACUAUAGCAGGAUCUAUGACCAUCAGGGGCUUUGAUCAAGAAUCUAGAUUCAGGGACACAAACAUGAAAUUGAUAGAUGGGUAUAUGCGGCCCAACUUCAACAUUGCUGGUGCAAUGCAAUGGCUAUGCUUCCGCUUGGAUAUGCUAUCUUCUGUUACAUUUGCCUUCUCUUUGGUUUUCUUAAUCUCUGUUCCAGAGGGAGUAAUUGAUCCUGGUAUUGCGGGCCUAGCAGUGAUAUAUGGAUUUAGUUUGAACAUGUUACAAGCUUGGGUAAUAUGGAAUCUUUGCAAUAUGGAGAAUAAAAUCAUAGCAGUUGAGAGAUUACUUCAAUACACUUCCAUUCCAAGUGAGCCUCCUCUUGUCAUAGAAGAAAACAGGCCAGCAUGUUGUUGGCCUUCACAUGGACAAGUUGAUAUUCAGGAUUUGCAGGUCCGCUAUGCCCCACACAUGCCACUUGUAUUGAGAGGUCUCACAUGCACUUUCCCAGGAGGGAUGAAGACUGGCAUAGUAGGACGCACUGGCAGUGGUAAAUCAACCCUCAUACAGACCCUCUUUCGAAUUGUUGAACCUCUCGCUGGUCAGAUUAUGAUAGAUGGUACCAACAUCUCUUCCAUUGGACUACAUGAUUUGCGGUCCAGAUUAAGCAUUAUCCCUCAGGAUCCAACCAUGUUUGAAGGGACUGUACGGAGCAACCUUGACCCACUUGAAGAGUACUCAGAUGAACAGAUUUGGGAGGCUCUGGAUAAGUGCCAGCUUGGAGAUGAAGUCAGGAAAAAAGAAGGAAAGCUAGAUACUGCAGUUAUUGAGAAUGGAGAGAAUUGGAGCAUGGGUCAGAGGCAAUUGGUUUGUCUUGGCCGAGUUCUACUCAAGAAAAGCAAGGUCUUGGUGCUUGAUGAAGCUACUGCAUCAGUUGAUACAGCCACAGAUAAUCUGAUUCAGCAAACCCUUAGACAACACUUUGUCGAUUCGACAGUCAUAACCAUUGCACAUCGAAUUACUUCUGUUCUUGAUAGUGAUAUGGUUCUACUUCUGGAUCAUGGGCUUAUUGAGGAAUACGAUACCCCCACCAGAUUGCUACAGAACAAGUCGACAUCUUUUGCAAAGCUUGUAGCAGAGUACACCGUGAGGUCAAAUUAUAGUCUUGAAAAUGCGGGUGAUAUCUGAACUAGCGUAGGUUUUAGAAAGAAGUGUUGGAAGCAACAACCAAAAACUAUAUGUGAGACUACGAAAAAUGUCUACUCUUAUUGAAUGAUCAAUGCAACAUUUAUACACAA